GGGGGGAAGGGAGUGAAUAACUUUGCAGAGUGAAGGGAAGUGUAUAGGUCUGCUAAGAAGCACAACUGCUGGCCCUUUGAGUUCAGGAACCUAUUCUUUCGUAAGAAGCACAUUUAAUAAGGGAGGCAAAAUGGUUGUCGCAAAAUCAUGGACUAUGGUGAGACAUUUUGAAGGUGCUCCUAAACUUGAGGACUUUAAAUUGAUAGAGAACGAACUACCAUCCCUUAAAGACGGAGAGCUGUUGCUGGAAUCUGAAUUUCUGAGUGUGGACCCAUAUAUGAGGCCAUACAGCAAACUAAGGUUGAAGGAUGGUGAUGUUAUGAUGGGAUCACAAGUUGCCAGGGUAAUUGAAAGUAAAAAUCCUGACUUCCCUGUAGGUGGCUAUUUCGUUGCAUAUGCUGGGUGGACAACUCACUUCAUAUCAGAUGGUAAAGGGCUUCGUGCACUGCCUUCUAACUGGCCAGAGAAUCUUCCCAAGUCAUUGGCGCUGGGAGUACUUGGCAUGCCUGGAAUGACAGCUUAUAUUGGCCUGUUAGAAAUAUGCAAGCCAAAACACGGGGAAGUUGUCCUUGUCAACUGUGCAGCUGGAGCUGUUGGCUCUGUAGUUGGACAGAUUGCAAAAAUCAAGGGGUGUAAGGCAGUUGGAUCUGCUGGCUCAGAUGACAAAAUUGCCUAUCUAAAGGAAAUUGGUUUUGAUGAAGCCUUUAACUACAAGACAGUGAGCUCUUUGGAGGAAGCUCUGAAACAAGCAUCUCCAGAGGGAUACGAUUGUUAUUUUGAGAAUGUUGGUGGAACAUAUGCAGAUACAGCUCUGCAACAAAUGAAAAACUUUGGAAGAAUUGCUGUGUGCGGGGCUAUCUCCAUGUACAACGAUUCAGUGCCUCAAACAGGACCAUUCAUACAACCUUAUUUACUCUUUAAACAACUUCGCAUGGAAGGGUUUCUAGUGAGUAGCUGGGAGGACAAACCACAGCAUCAGGAAGGCCAGAAACAACUCUUGGAGUGGGUUGUGGAGGGGAAGCUUAAAUACCAUGAACACGUGACAAAUGGCUUUGAAAACAUGCCAGCUGGCUUUAUUGGGAUGCUUAAAGGAGAAAACAUUGGGAAAGCUGUUAUAAAGGUUUAAUAAUUAUCUUUGUGUUUUACCAAUGUGCAAGCAGAUACUUUAUUUUGAGCUACUAAAUAAAGCACUUAAUAAAGAAAUACAUGAUGCUUG